UAGUUAGGAGGCUGCCGCCCAUGUGACUGCGAGCGCUGGUAUGCGCAGUUGGCCGCGGUCUGUGUGGCGUCCCCCUCUCCUUCUCUCGCUCGCUCGCGCUCUCUCUCUGCCCUUUCCUGGCGCGGAGUGGGAAAUGUAACUGCCGCCGACUGGAGGGAGAGCCCCGGGCAGCGGCACCAUGAAUGUGUGUAACAGUACUGAUCUCCCUGAGGUGGAAAUCAUCAGUCUUUUGGAGGAGCAGCUGCCCCACUACAAGCUGAGAGCCGACACCAUUUACGGGUAUGACCACGACGACUGGCUGCACACACCACUCAUCUCGCCCGACGCCAACAUCGACCUCACCACAGAGCAGAUUGAGGAGACCCUCAAGUACUUCCUUCUAUGUGCUGAACGAGUGGGCCAGAUGACUAAGACUUACAAUGACAUAGAUGCUGUGACACGUCUGCUGGAAGAGAAAGAGCGUGACUUGGAGCUGGCUGCGCGAAUUGGCCAAUCACUACUGAAGAAAAACAAAACUCUCGGUGAGAGAAAUGAGUUCCUGGAGGAGCAGGUGGAGCACAUUCGAGAAGAGGUUUCUCAGCUGCGACAUGAGCUGUCUAUGAAGGAUGAGCUGCUCCAGUUCUAUACCAGUGCAGCCGAGGAGAGUGAAGGGGAGUCUACCACCACCACCCCGAUCCGGCGGAAUGAGUCCACGUCCUCCCUGCCGAGUUAUUUUCCCCUGGACUCUCUGCAGAAGAAGCUCAAAGAACUGGAGGAGGAGAAUACGGUGUUGAGAUCGGAGGCCUGUCAUCUGGAGACAGAGACCAUCUCCUAUGAAGAGAAGGAGCAGCAGCUGGUGAAUGACUGUGUUAAAGAACUCCGAGAUGCCAACCACCAGAUCUCGUCCAUCGCCGAAGAGCUGGCGAAAAAGACGGAAGACGCUUCCCGCCAGCAGGAGGAGAUCACCCACCUGCUGUCCCAGAUCGUGGACCUGCAGAAGAAGUCCAAAUCAUACGCCGUGGAAAACGAGGAGCUCACCCAGCAUUUGGGAGCUGCUAAAGAUGCACAGCGUCAACUGACAGCUGAGCUGAGGGAGCUGGAGGAGAAGUAUGCUGAGUGCAUGGAGAUGCUCCACGAGGCCCAGGAGGAGCUGAAGAACCUUCGCAAUAAAACACUGCCACUGAGCACGCCCAGACGCUUCCACUCGCUCGGCCUGUUCCCCAUGGACUCGUUAGCUGCAGAAAUCGAGGGCACAAUGAGGAAGGAGCUGCAGAUGGAUGACCCGGAAGUGGAAGAACAAAAAAUGCAUCAUCGGCGAGUCUUCGAGGCGGUGAAGAACAUCAACCAGACGGUUCGGCAGCGAUCCCUAGGCCCCUCCCCCAUGAACAUCCCGGGAUCCAAUCAGUCGUCCUUGCUGAACUCGGCCCGCUCCAGCUGCCUCAGCACCCCCCGCUCCAGCAUGUACGGCAGUGACUUCAACAACGUCGUCAUCGACAACCGUGCCAACAGCAUCAUUCAGGAGAACGAGUCUCCUGAUGGAAGUGUGGACGACUCCAACAAGAAGCCGGGCACGCCGGGCACGCCGGGCUCCCCGGACCUGGAGAUGGCCCUGCGGCGGCUCUCUCUGCGGCGGGAGAACUACCUGAGCGAGCGGCGCUUCUUCGAGGAGGACCGCGAACGCAAGCUGAGGGAGCUGGCGGAGCAGGGCGAGCUGUUCGGGGGCAGCCUGACGCCCACCGAGAGCAUCAUGUCUCUGGGCACCCACCUGUCGGGCCUGUCCAGCCUGUCCGGCCUGUCUCUGCACAGCCGCUCCUACCUGCCCGAGAAGCUGCAGAUCGUCAAGCCGCUGGAAGGCUCGGCCACACUGCACCACUGGCAGCAGCUGGCCCAGCCGAACCUGGGGGGGAUUCUGGACUCACGGCCGGGCGUGGUCACCAAAGGCUUCCGGCCUCUGGAGCUGGACCUGGAGGAGGUCUACCAGUUCACUGACUUUGAGGAGGACGAGUCAGGUGACCUUUCGUUCCCGAGCCUUUCUACCUCAGCCCCCACGCCCCCACGGUGCCGCAGCCCCGCCUCCUCCCCCUCGUCUUCCUCCAACUGCGUCAACAACAACAACGACCCCCCCGAAGCGUCCAAGAGCGCCCCCCCGCCCAGCGUCCCGGAGCCACAGGAGGAGCUGUCCGUGCAUUACCCUGGUAAAUGUAUGUCUCACACCAGCUCAACCUACACCUUCACCACCUGCCGCAUCCUUCACCCAUCGGACGAGUUGACGCGAGUAACACCCAGCCUUGUGUCGGGGCCCACGGCGUCCUGCGUCACGUCCAGCAGCCUCAGAUCCACCCCGGUGUCCACCCCCCGCCGCCUCAGCCUGGCCGAGUCCUUCACCAACCUGCGCGACUCCACCAAGACCAUGAGCACCUCCCUGGGGCUGGUGCGCCUCCUGCAGGAGCAGGGCAUCUCCGCGGCCGUGUACAACCCACAGAGCUGGGACCGGGCCGACGCCCCGGACGCCCCCGACGUCACCCCCGCCCCCCGGGGCCCCGAAACCCUGCCCUCCACCCCGCCCAACUCGCCCACCGGCCAGACGCAGUCCCGGCCCUUCCUGGCCUCUCGGCCGGCCAGCUCCAUCCUGAGGGAGGUGCGGGAGGAGGCGCGCAGCCAGGCGGACUGCGGGAGCCAGACGGACGUCAGCGUUCACAACCUGCGUCUGGUGGACAAGCUCAAGCGCUUCGGCGUGGCGCGGACAGAGGAGGCGGGCCCCGGGGCCGUGGGCCGCGCCCCGUUACUGGGGCCCCUCGGGCGCGGCCGCCCUCUAUUCGGACCCCCCGCCGUGACCAGCGCCAUCGGGGGGCUCCCCGCCCUCAACGCCGGGAUCCGGCGGAACCGCAGCUACCCCGCCAUGGUGGGGGCCAGCAUGGUCAUGAAGGGCCCCGGUCCCCCGAGCUCCGACACGGCCCUGCAGCCCAAACUCCCCAAACAGACUAGUCUCAAAUGAGGGGCACUGGCCCCUCUGUCCACUCCUGACUCUCCGUAUGCUGCUUCAGAGAUGAAACGGCUCUGUGCCUCUAACACACUGUUUUGUUAUCACCCCCCCUCCCUCACACGCACACACACGCACCUUCUGCACACUGUUCAGCACCCUCACACACUCUGCGGUCUUUCUGCUCCUGCUGUAAAUUGUCCUGAGGUGGAUCCCUGCUGAAUAUCCUCCUCUUUUGUGAGAGACUCAGAUGUAUGUACGCCCUGUGUAAAGCACUUUUAUUCCCAGGCCCGGCCGUGUGGAGAAGCAGUCUGUGUCUGUCCCGUUUCUGUAGCGUAGCUCCUUCCCUUGUCCCCCUGGCUCUCCGUGUGGCCCUUUCCACUUUGAGCACACGACACUGUGCACUGAGAGAGUCAGUGUGAGCACCUUACUGAAUCUCACACUGUGAACUCGUCCACUGAGGAUCAGUGAUAUGUAUUAAGUCCAGUUUGCACAUAUAGUUCCCUUUGAAAAAGGGGUGGGGUUUACAUAUCGGCUCCUGCCCGUUCUGUUAUGAUGUCACUCGUCUAUAUAAAGGGUGGAAGCGGUCACAUUGGAGUGAAAGGGGUAGACACGGGACGUUUGCAGUGAAUGAACGAAUGUGGUUUGAACUUGAAAACACAAGCCUAUCUAUUUUUGUGACAGACCAACAUAGUUUAUGCGUGUGUAUUAUGUUUUAAUGAGAGGCUCAUAAAGAUAUCAAAGACUUGAAUCAUAUUAACUGUUAAUAAUCAAAAAAGGAUAUUUCCAUCGAAGUAUAUUAUGCGUAUGAUGGUGACUGAAGAGGCCAUCAGAUAGCCUGUGUGAAAAAUUAAAAUGCAAGUUGCCAAAAGUAAAUGUUUGAUGACUGAAUCAUUAGCUUUAAAGCCAUUGUGAAUGGUGAAUAUAAUAGCAGGACUGAAGUGAUGUCAUAGUGCCUGAUAGUUUAUUUAAUUCUUAUUGGACUGACUUCUGUGCAGUACAUCAAUCCCAGAAUGCAAUGCACAUUGCAUUGCUUGUUAGUUGUGCUAUGAGGUGACCUUCAAAAUCUUUUAACCUUGGUCUAAAAAAUUCAAAACAUUUCAUCUUACAUUUAUAUUUGAAGCAAACAAAUGUAAGCAUAGCGGUAUUUGAAAGUAUGUUUCUAUACUUUCGAUAACAAUAGUGUAAAGACUAUUUAUUCUUUAUUUACUUAAAUGUUUUAGUAAAAACAAGAGAUUUGUGAGCUGAUAUUGUGUGUGCACUUAUCGUCUGUAACUUGAAUUUGAAUGUAUUUGAUAACAGCAGAUAUGUCCAUACAUGUACAUUGAAUUAUGUGAUGAGUUUUAUUGCAUCGCACCACAAAGGGAAGUCUGCUACUUUACAUUGUAAAUGAGAAGUAUGCAAUGAAGUGUGUCCUGUUAACUUUUUAUAAAAAAAUAAAUAAAUGACUAAAAUAUGAAAAAGAGAAAAAAAAAAUGAAAAAAAAAUACAGUCCAUAAAAAAAUAAAAAGUCAAAAACACUGGUUCCAAGUGUUGAAUUGUACUUUCAGGAAUUUCAAAUGCUGUUCUCAGAAAAUAAAAUAUCAAUAAAGCAAUUGAUAUGACUUCC